AACCCAGGGCCUGUAGCGUUUUUUGAUAUGAGGAUGAAACGCGUACGAGGCCCUGGUACAACAGACUGAAAUUCGCCCAAAAUUAAGCAUGCAGAGAAACGUAAUGUAUGCGUGACGUUUUCGAUCGAAGAUGGUGUUCUAGUGGCGGGAGGGUACUUUAGCCAGCGCUACCUAUAGCUACACUGUAAAAUUACAGAGUAAAUACAACCCUUAAUGGCUUUCUAGUCAUUUUGUGGUGUAUGAUACAUAUAGUAUUGUAUAGUGGAAACAAUCCACUAACUAUAGGUUUUUGUGAUUUUCUGGGAUAGCCACUUUAAAUGUUUAUUAUUAUUCUUAUUUUAAAUAUUAUAGAAUAGAAUUUCUAAAUUUUACAUCUACGUCAAAAAUAACAGAUGAUGCGAUGGAACCCUUCGCAAUUUUGGAGAAAAUUCAAAGAUCUCUGGAGUGUCGAAAUUUUCCUGACCUUAACUUUAAACCCAAACAAGUCAAGUGCUUGGAGUCCAUAGUAAGAGGACAGGAUGUCAUUGGGGUGUUUCCAACAGUAUAUGGGAAAUCUUUAAUUUUUCAACUGUUACCAGAUGUCAUGAGAAACAAAGACGAAAAAUCUUCAAUUGUCAUUGUAAUCACUUGUUUAAACGCAAUUAUGGAAGAUCAAGUGAAUUUUCUGAAAAAAGUAGGAAUGACUUGCUACAUCCUACGUGACUUAAAUUUUGAGGAGAAUGCUGUACAGACGUUAUUUGAGGAUAUCUGUCUGAGUGAUAAAACAGAAGAUGUCUUACCAUCAUUUGUAUUGGAUGGUCAUUGUGACUUCCUAUUUUGCCAUCCAGAGGCUAUAUUGAGUGAGAGAGGAAGAACUUUGAUGAAAACGAAAAUUUAUCAAAAAAAUGUCAAAGCUUGUGUCAUUGAUGAGGCUCACUGCUUGGACACCUGGGGAAAAGAAUUUCGCAAAGAAUUUGAAAACUUGGGAGCAAUGCGAGCUUUUUUUAGAGAGGUACCUUUUAUCGCACUUACAGCUACCGCAACAGAAAAAACACUGGCUAAAAUAAAACAUAUACUUGGAAUGAAAACCCCAACAAUAAUAUCUGUUAAUCCAAACAGAAAAAAUGUAUACAUGUGCAAAGAAAAGAGAAAAGUUGGUGAAGAAGGUAUUGAAAAUAUCAUCUUGCCACUUGCAAAGGAGCUAAAAUCACUAAAGAAAAGUUUUCCUCAAACUAUUAUAUAUUGUGGAUUGAGGUUUUGUGGGUAUAUAUACAAGUUAAUAAAAAAUGUAUUAAAGGAACACAUGUAUGUUGAAAACAUAACAAACCCUAGCAAUUGUUUAAUUGUGCAAUUUCACGCACCACAAACAAAGUCAAUGAAAAACGAAAUUCUCCUUGAAGUUGCAAAAGAAGUUUCAAACAUUCGCGUUAUAAUAGCAACUUCUGCGCUUGGUAUGGGUGUUCAUGCACCCUAUAUCGAACAAAUUUUCCAUAUAAGUCCACCAAGUACCAUCGAAGACUAUAUGCAGCAAUUUGGAAGGGCUGGUCCAAGAGGGCAAAAAGCAUUGGCAAGAUUGUACUAUACCGGGCAUGAUAUCAGCAGUAGGCGUUUAAAACAAAAUAAAGUUGAUGAACAUAUGGUGAAUUUUUGUACUACGACACAAUGCCUUCGUAAAGUAUUAAAGUAUUAUAUAUAAAAAAGAUAUAUGUAAUUUUUAAAACAUAGGUAAGAAAGAAUGUAUAUUUUACCUCUGAGUUUCUUUGUGGUACAUUUUUGUUCUGGUGACGAUAUUACCCUUUUCACACUGCAAUUUUUCCGAAAGCUUAUCUGUGCAUUCCGACACAAAAUCUUAAAUUGUACAAAGUUUUCGAUUUUUCUUUCACAUUUACGACAGAUUAUAUCAUUUAUGUUAUCAGUUUGCACAAUUGUGAUACCCACAGUGCCUUGUAUUUUCUCUUGAAGUUGUUUUGAUGUUCCAAUAUUUCCAAAAAUUUGACUAAAUCGUUUUAAGUCAGUCUCAGCACACAGUCUACACACUUUAUCACAUCCACUAUAAACUUUAUGUGGUGUGAUAUUUUCUUUCCCUUUGCCUAAAAACAAAGAUUUAUAUUAGUUGUUAUUUUUUGUAUAUAUAUAUUUCCUUUUAUUUAUACAGCUAGCUAUACUUUAUUUCCUAAAAUAUUUUUUAAUGCU